AUGCCCCAGCCGGGCUACUCCCACGACGGGAGCGGCGGCUGGGUCAAGCCUCCUGGCCACAUCGUGGGCGUACUGGACAGCCAGAACUUGAUAGUGAAGCCUCACGGCGUCUCUGCGAAACGAGCGUUCGAGCGACGGGACAACCUGGUGGUCAGCUGGCUGCACCCUCCUGCGCCCUUCCUGCUGCCGUGCACCGUCCGCAAGCGCGGCUUCAACAGUGACCAGCAGGCGGCCCUUAUCAAGGCGCACAACGAGUACCGCGGCCUCGUCGCCAAAGGAGAACUGCCCGGCUUCGAAGCCGCAGCUGACAUGUGUGAAACCACGUGGGACCCGGAUCUGGCGGAUCUCGCGCAGUCCUACGUGGAACAAUGCGCGCCCCAAGCGAAGGUCCCACAGGCACGGAACUUCAUCGAGGAGGGCCAGAACCUAUGCGUCCAGACACUGCCGGGCUCCGGCAACGACACGGGAUUCGAAGCCUGCAUCACCGCCUGGUUCAGCGAGCACAGCGACUGCCCGAAAGGAAUCCUCGUGUGGUCACGGAGCCGGUACGUCGGCUGCGGCUUCGCGCUCGUCAAGUCCAGCGACGGUGCGAUGCGCAACCUGUACGCUUGCAACUACGACGAGCCGGGUAACCGUCCGGGCACGGCGGUCUACCUGCCGGGCCCCGCGUGCUCGUCCUGCCCGAUGUACACGAAGUGCGCUACGCAGCAGGGCUUGUGCCAGAUCGACCUGCACUCCAUGGGGCAGUACGAUGACGAUGGACCCACCGAAGGCCCUAAGAGAAGCCGCGGCGACGCCACGUUUAGCCUGACGUGGAUGCUGGCGACGUCCGUAGCGGCGCUGGUGUGCACGGCCGUGCUGUCACGAGCCCAGUGA